UUUAUCACGGAAAUCGUGCGAGCAGCACUAUCGCGGCCUUAACCCGACAUGAAACGGCCCGGAAAAAAGCCGGAUUUUUUCUGGAAACGUCGGAAAAAAAGGCCGCCAGUGUGAAAUCGUACCGCACAUGUUUUUUGCCCUCGCUCCCUCAUCUAACCUAACUUUCUUAUCGAUUUUUUUCCACGGCUGUUGCUUUGAUGGAUUUUUACAAGUUUUGCAAAUGUUUACGGCCUUUUGUUGUUGUUUUCGUCUCCUUUUCCAGUUUUUGACAUCCCCCACUACUGCGACUUUCGUUUGUUCCUAGUUCUCCACCCCCACCACCGCCAACUAUAAACGGGUGAUAAAUGAUUUUUUUAUUGCAUUAACGCCGGAAUUAAGCGGCGUGGGGCAAAGGGGGCCGUUUCACGGCAUCGAUGGAAAAAUCGACGAUGGCAAAGCGAAAAAUCCGUCGAUUUUUCCACAUGAAACAACCUUGAAAUGUUGACGGACUGGUCCAUUUUUCGCCGCUGGGGUGGGGGGAAUGCGACAAGAAGAAGACGAAAAAAGGGGCAUCAUCGUAAAAGAUGGCGGUAGAGUGAUUAGUUAUUUGUGGUUGCAAAUUUGCAAAUUUGUUUAUAAACAAAUCGAAUUUGCGCGUAAAACGCACGAAAACACCGCCAAAAUCGCACCAGAACUUUAUUUGCAAGGAACUUUUUGUUUUACUGUUUUAGGUUUUGUGGCGAUUUCUGACUAAAAUCCGGCAAAAAUUCGCUCGGGUUGAGUCGAAAGGAUAAAAUCAACGUUGUCUCCAACGAAAAUUCGGCCGACAUUGACCCAAAACCUGGCUCCAUGGAAGAAACCCCCUCGAAAUAAUGCCUUGGCUUGCGGUGUUCCCUCUUGUUGUUUACAACGAUAAAAUGGCCCUAUUCGAAUUCGGCUAAAAGUGAUAAGUGCUACCUACCGCGACUCGAAACUCGGACUGCAGAAACAUUACAAUGAGUUAGUUUUAAGCCCCGCGACAUUCCGGUGUAUAAAUUUAUUAACUUCAAUCUCGAAAAAUCCAACCAAAAAUGUCGUCGUACUUAAAGAUACUGUGACUUUUCCCGGGGGUUUAGUGUUCUCGUUUUUCGCAACGUGAAGAAAAAUGUCUCAAACGCCCCAAAAACUCGGUCAAAAAAUGUGCAAAUCACCGAAAAAUUCAACAAACAGCUACCAAAUCAAGCCGGAAAAGAUCGACUAUGAAAAUCUGAGUACCAACUGCACGGUCGUCGGCUCCAACAAUCUCAAUUUGGUGAAAAAACCCCAAAUUGUAACCAACAUGUCUCCAGCGUAUUCCAAUCCCAGUCCGGGGUAUCCCCCGUCACCAUACUCAUCCCCAGCUAGUCUCAAAUCACCCUCGCCGAACCUCAAACCUCCAACGCCCCAACCGAGCUUCCCUGUAAUGCAAAUCAUCAAUAGCCACUCCCUAUUGGCACGCCCAAUUCAAACCAACCAAUCGCAGAACAUCAUCAAACUGAAGCCACACCUCAAUAUCUUGCCCAAACCGAGCGCCAGCCCGCAACCAAGUCCGAAACCGAGUGUUAGCCCACAGAUUGUCAUUCCGACCAAUCAGCCAACGAUUAUGCCAACUGCUCAACCGGUGCUUCUCAACCAAAUGCCUCUACUGACCACGCCAGGAGUACAGUUUAUAUUGCGCCCCCAGACGGCGAAGAUUCCGGCUGCAGCCCCUCAAGGACUAAUCCUCCAACCGAGCGGACAGCCCCUCCUACAAAUACCUAGAUCUCAGCCCAUGGUUCGUGUUUUGACCAAUGGCGUGCAGCUUGCCCCCUCUACCACUACAACAGCGUAUGUCACGACACAAAUGACCAAUCCGCAACCGCCAACCACGCCCCAAAACGUCACCGUCAACAACCAAGUGAAGAAAAAACCGAAGAAUAAAGUGAAGAAAAAAUUGGAUUUGGCGAAUUUGAUGAAGAUAUCGGGGAUAGGUGAUGAGGAUGAUAUACAGUUUGAAAGUGACGCUUCGCAGAGUGAAAGUGAACCGAAUUCGGUACCAAAUACGCCUCAAGAGACGAAAAAAAUCGGAAAUAUACAAUUAAGUGCGAUGCCUCAAACAGCGACACCUGUUGUCCAAGUUUUAAAUCAGAAUUUUCAAAGCGGAAUGAUCUCGAAUAGUAACACUCAACCACAAGCUAGCAUUCCAUUCAAUCCAUUUCUAACUCCGAAUUUUACCAUCAAUAACGGUUUGAUGGUACAACGGAGCGGUGGUUUUAAAUUGACGAUGGGUGAAGAUGGGAGAUUGGUCCUUCAACAUGACCCAACACUCAACCAGGACCUCCAAUCCCAGUUGAUUUUGCAAAGUAUUUUCGGUUUGAAUGGCGGUUUAGUUUUACAACCGUCCAUGGAUCAACAAACGGUUCAACAAACCGUACAAACUAUACAACAACAAUCUGUACAAACGAUACAACAGCAAACCGUACAGUCACAAACCAUACAAACCGUGCAACAACAACAACACACUUUGCAACCACAAAUACAACAACAAACGGUACAACAAACUAUACAACAUCAAACCGUACAAUCACAACCUUUGAUGCAACAACCGAUGCAAAUUGUACAACCGCAUUCAUUACACAGUUUACAGUCACAAAUCCAAGGCCAGUUGCAAAAUCUCCUACAACAACAGCAACAACAACAAAAUCAAGCCGUACAAACGCACCAAGUGCCGCCACAAUCACCCACGUUUCAACAACAACAACAGCAGAAUCAACCGGUACUUAAAGUACAACCGUUUCAAAAAGCCCAACCACCGGUACAAACAGUGCACCCACAACCACAGCCACAACAAGAAAAUCAACAACAACAACAGCAACAACCACCACCAACUUCCUACGUUGUUAAUCUAACACCGGAACAACUCGAACAGUUAAAACGAAACGGACAAUUGACGGUCAAUGGUCAAACUAUAUUUAUGCAAAGGCCAAACAAUUCGAAACAGGACGAAUGUAAAAAAUUAUCACCGAAAAUCAAGCCGGUCAAAAAAGUACAACAACCGCAACAACAACCAAAACAACAAAUUGUGAAAAAUUUUGAAGAACCGAUCAAAGAAAAAGAGACCAAAUCGAGUCUGAUUAAUGCUUUGCAAUCGCCACCUAAACAUAUAUCUCCUCCACAAAAACAAGCAAUAGUACAACCCUCCAUCAAGGAGAAAGGUCCCCCCAAAUUACCACCACAACCCUCCCCCAAACCCAACGAUUCAAACGGGACGAAUCAAGACGUCGAGAAACUUUUAGGUCAAUUGUUGGAAGAAUCAGGAAAUAUUAAUAUAAUAACAUCGGGGGCCCCAAAUGUUACAUCAAAAAACCAAAGGAUACAUACAAUCCAACUCACGCCCCAAAAACAGGAACAUUUAAAAAAUAUCCAAUUACAAAUUCAGACUUUAUCGGCUAGUUUAACACCCGGCAAUUCAGAAAUACAGGCGGCGUUGAAAAUGUUGUUUGCUGAACAACAGAAAAUUCUAGCAACAGGAAAAUUGCUACCGCCUGAUAAAGUCUACUAUCAUAAUAAUCAUCUAACGAUUAUUAAUCCGUCCAGUUUGAAUUUGGGACAACAACAACAACAAAAGGAACAACAACCGGUGGGGACAAGAUGCGAAGCAACAACGGUGAAUCAGGUGAUAACAUCGCAAGCACAUCGUUCAGAACACUCGGUACAACCGAACACGACUAGUCAAAUGGCCGUAGGUCCACGUCUCGCUGUGCCUCAAGUACAACAACAACAACACAAACAACCUCAACAACAACAGCAGCAACCUCAACCGCCUCAACAACAGUCACAACCGGCGCCACCUCCGACGCCGCAACAGCACAGUCAUUCAAUUGCGAAAAAAGCCCAUUUAAUUGAAACACAAUUGAAUCUGGACCAAUCAGGUGCCGUCAAACCGGAUAUUCAUACACCGUUUCGUGAUAAGAAAGAUGCGUGUAUACGAUUGAUAAGGUAUCACUGUAUGGAUCAACCGGUGCUAUCGCAGAAGGAUCUGCACAAGGCCGAUGAGAUUUUCGAACUAACCGCCGAACAUUUCAUCGCCAAAUAUGCGAAAAUGGUUGACAAGUACAAAUAUUUGCUGAUGAAAGAGAGCAUGCGACCAGUACAAACGUCCGAACUAAUGAUGCUCGACCGUAUGUUCCUAAGCGAGGAGCGCCAAUCGUUGAUGCGUUUGCGACAAGAGGCCGAAGAGGCGGCACAAAUUCUCGAUUUGCCGGUUUUAGCCGAACCGUCGUCGUCGCCUCACCAAACCGCCGAAGAUUACGACGAAUGGGCAUGCAUACAACGCGAACUUGGUUGUCUCCCGCAUGAUGAGCCACCGGCGCCGCCCCUACGGCCCCCACAUUCAACAGCAGCGACGCCGGUCGUCGCCAAUGCGCAUGCUCAUCUCCAGCCGCCUAAACGUACAGCGAGUAGCGAUUCGCGUCUUGAAACAUUGAAAAGGUUUCGCGUCGAUAAACACAACAAGAAAACCAGUACAGAAAGUGUACAUAACAAUAGUGUUUUAAAUAAUAACAAUAGUAGUGUACAAAGUGUCAGUAGUGGGAUAAAUACUCAUCACGGUUACGAACAGCAAGGCCAGAAUGACUCGUACGAAAACGAAGUCGAAAAUAAUAGCAUCGAUGAACAGGUCCAAAGUGCUAUUGAUUCGAUUCUGAAUCUACAACAGAAUACGGCCCUGGAUCUUGAUAGUAUUCUUUCAUGACGAUAUGUCUAGUUACUUAUGGCCAAGCUGCACUGUAAUACACACACGUUUUCUCUCCAUUGUGAUCAUUACUUUUUAAAAGUCUUUUAUUUUUUCAUAUUUUAAAACGAAGCGAUAAAUUAUAUAUUUACAGCUCAAUACGGCAUCUAUGGUCCGCACGGACGUCACGUGGCCAUGCUUGUGCAUCACGUGACGUCCGUGGAGGCGAUUUUUCACAGUGUACCACAAUUGUGUCAUAUCACUGUUGCAAUAAGAUUGUUUUUUGUUAAUUUGAGGCAGCUAAGGUACCGCGAUGUCGAGCAAUAAGAGUUUUUAGCUACGAUUUUAAUUUAUUCUUCAAGUUUCCACAUGAUUGUAGCACACUGUAAAAUUUUUAUCAUUUUUUUAUUAUAUUGUAAAUAAUUUAAUUUAUGUGUACUUAGUUUAUUUUUAUUUUCUAAGGUUUUAUUAUUAUUAAGACUGACUUUAAGAAAUUUUGG